AUGAGCGACCAGGAUCACUCCAUGGAUGAAAUGACAGCCAUGGCGAAGACUGAAAAAGGAAGUGGUGGCAAUAAUGGGGGCAGUGGUAAUGGCGGCAGUGUCUUUUCUCAGGCUCGAAGCAGCAGCACAGGCGGUAGCAGCAGCAGCGGAGGAGGAGGCCAGGGUGCCAGUGGCUGGCAGAUCAUCUCUUCUUCCUCUGGAGCUACCCUAACCUCGAAGGAACAGACUGACAGCAGUACCAAUGGCAAGAAUGGCAGUGAGUCUUCCAAGAAUUGCACCGUCUCUGGUGGGCAGUAUGUUGUGGCUGCCACCUCCGACCUACAGAACCAGCAAGUCCUGACAGGACUGCAGGGAGUGAGGCCUAAUUUUCAGUAUUAAGUAAUCCCACGGUUUCAGACCGCUGAUGGGCAAGAGCUGCAAUUUGCUGCCACUGGGGCCCAAAUGGAGCAGGAUGGUUCAGAUCAGAUACAGAUCAUACCAGGUGCAAACCAAGGCAACAUCAUUGCUGCUAUGCCAAGCCUACUCCAGCAGGCUGUCCCCCUCCAAGGCCUGGCUAAUAAUGUCUCAGGACAGACUCAGUAUGUGACCAAUAUACCACUGGCCCUGAAUGGGAAUAUCACCCUGCUACCUGCCAACAGCGUUUCUGCAGCUACCUUAGGUCCUAGCUCUCAGGCAGUCACGAUCAGCAGUUCUGGGUCCCAGGAGAGUGGCUCACAGCCUGUCACCUCAGGGACUGCCGUCAGUUCUGCCAGUUUGGUAUCAUCACAAGCCAGUUCCAGCUUCUUUUUCAUCAGUGCCAAUAGCUACUCAACAACUGCUACCACCAGCAACAUGGGAAUUAUGAACUUUACCAGCAGCAGAUCAGCAGGGACCAGCUCGCAAGGCCAGACACCGCAGAGGGUCCGUGGGCUGCAGGGGUCUGAUGCUCCGAGCAUCCAGCAGGAUCAGACAUCUGGAGGCUCACGGCAAGCAAGUCAACAGAAAGAGGGAGAGCAAAACCAGCAGAUGCAGCAACAACAAAUUCUCAUCCAGCCUCGACUAGUUCAAGGGGCACAGGCCCUCCAGGCCCUCCAAGUGGCCCCAUUGUCAGGGCAGACCUUUACAACCCAACCUAUCUCCCAGGAAACCCUCCAGAACCUUCAGCUUCAGGCUGUUCCAAACUCUGGCCCCAUCGUCCUCCGGACACCAACAGUGGGGCCCAAUGGCCAGCUCAGUUGGCAGACUCUUCAGCUGCAGAACCUCCAAGUUCAGAACCCACAGAUCCAGACAAUCACCUCCGCCCCAAUGCAGGGUGUUUCCUUGGGGCAGACCAGCAGCAGCAGUACCACCCUUACAUCUAUUGCCUCAGCUGCCUCCAUCCCUGCCGGCACAGUCACCGUGAACGCUGCUCAGCUCUCCUCCAUGCCUGGACUCCAGACCGUUAAUCUCAGUGCAUUAGGUGCUUCAGGAAUCCAGGUGCACCAGAUUUCAAGCCUGCGCUUGGCUAGAGCAAAUGCCUCAGGUGAUCAUGGAGCUCAGCUUGGUCUCCAUAGGGCUGGUGGUGAUGGAAUACAUGAUGACCCAAGAGGUGGAGAGCAAGGAGAGAAUAGCCCAGAUCCCCAAUCCCAAGCUGGUCAGAGGACCUGGCGGGAAGCAUGCAUUCGCCCCUGCUGUAAAGACAGUGAAGGAAGGGGCUCUGGGGAUCCUGGCAAGAAGAAACAGCACCUUUGCCACAUGCAAGGCUGUGGCAAAGAAUAUGGCCACACCUCACAUCUACGGGCACGCUUGCGCUGGCAUACAGGUGAGAGGCCAUUCAUGUGUACCUGGUCAUACUGUGGGAAGCGCUUCACACAUUUGGAUGAGCUACAGAGGUACAAAUGCACACACGUCGGUGAGAAGAAAUUUGCCUGCUCUGAGUGUCCCAAGCACUUCAUGAGGAGGGACCACCUGUCAAAGCAUAUCAAGACCCACCAGAAUAAGACGGGAGGCCCAGGUAUAGCCCUAGGUGUGGGCACUUUGCCCCUGGACAGUGGGGCAGGUUCUGGAGGCAGCAGCACUGGCCCCCCUUUGGCCCCUAUUACCACCAAUAUGGUAGCCAUGGAGGCCAUGUGUCCAGAGGGUGUUGCCUGUCUUGACAACAGUGGCAUCAAUGUCAUGCAGGUGGCAGAUCUCCAGUCCAUUAAUAUCAGUGGCAAUGGCUUCUGA